UACACGAUAAAAACGAAGUGAUAGAACAUAAUUACGUAAUUUAUUUAUAUUUCCCGAUCGAUUCGCGUCAAACUCAAUUUUUUUUACAUAUUUUAGAUAUCAAAUCUUUCCUAUUAGCUACUGAUCGAGUGUAUCUUGUAUCUUCGUGCUUGCUUUUGCCGCAUCAAUUAAGGCCGAUCAACGAUGAUUGACCUUACGGUGAAGACCUUGGAUUCACAAAAUCAUGCUUUUUCUUUAGAAGACGAUCAAAUUACAGUACGAGGCUUUAAAGAACAUAUAGCAGAAUCUGUGGCAGUUCCAGCAGAUUCACAAAGACUUAUUUAUUGUGGUAGAGUUCUACAAGAUGAAAAAAAAUUAAAUGAUUAUGAUGUUAACGGAAAAGUUAUACAUUUGGUGCAACGUGCACCACCACAACCUGGUCAACGAGGAAAUGAUGGAGGUCAAAGUCAGGGACAAAAUCAUGGAUCACAUGGAUGGCAAAAUUCACCAAGAACACAUUAUCGACUCACUCGUACUCAAAUGCAUGGCAAUGCUAUGUAUUUGGGUGCAAUGUCUGUACCGGCAGAAAUUGUGGAAGGGCAUGGGUUAGCACUACCUCUAUUCAGUAAUAGCUUAUCCAGUGGUCGGUUAAUUGCUGCCAGACACAUGCUUGAGCGUAUAGAUAGGCUUAUAGACAGAUUAGAGAACCCAUCUCGUCCUGUGAAUCCUUCUUCAUCUGAGAACAGUCGACCAGUUUUAGGUGAUCUAAUGCAGGAAUCAGAACCAGAACAGUUUAAUACUGAAGACAGAGCAAAUAAUGGUGCCAUAUUAGCAGAAGCAGCUGCAGCUGCAAUAGUAGCUGCUUUAUCUGCUGCUGGAGCCAAUAAUCAGUUAGAAAUUGUUGGUUCAAUUAGAGCUGGUGGUAGCGAUGAAAAUGCCGAAACAAGGCCAGUAAGCGAAGUUAAUGAAGAAAGUCAACCAGAACCACAACAGCCACAACAACCACAGACUGAACAACAAGGAUCUUCGUCAAAUAGCGAUGGACAGUCUAAUAGAAGAUCUUCACCACAACUUCCACGGCCUCCACAAUUGGCAGAAUUAUUGGAAUUGUUACUGGACACUCAGUCUCGUUUACGACCUCACAUAGAACGAUACUGUAAACUUAUGCGCGAUGACCCUUCACUACCUCCUGGAAGACGGGUAGAAGAAAAUCAGACGUUUGUGGAUAGCGUCAGUGAAUGCUUACAUUACACAUCCCAUGCUUGCCAUGCUUUAAGUGAUAUAAUUGUUGAUAUGAAUCAGCAACCACCAAGAAAUUUGCGAUGUAGACCAAUUAUUAUCCAACGUUCAGCCAUUCUACAGCAUGGUACACCAAUACAGGUAGAGGCACACAUUAGUUUACAUGGUCGCAAUGCUAAUAAUAAUAACGGCAAUGAAGAAAGUGGAGAUGCGGCAAAUAGUGCUUCACAACCUGAAUCCGCCGAAGGUAAUGUUGGAGAUUCCACUGAGCAGCAAGAACCUGAAUCUGCUGCGCAACAACCAGCAGACCAACAACCAGAGCCGACACAAUCUCCAUUCGGCACAGUAUUCAACUUGCCAAAUAAUGUGGAAGUAUUAAUGGAAGUUAGUCCUGAAAGUAAUUUAGAUGCUGCAUCAGGAAGUGAACAAGCUCAACCUGGUGAAAAUAAUAAUAAUAAUAACAACAAUAAUAAUAAUGUUGGAGGUAGAGUACGUGGUACUGCUGGUGCAUUUACUUGGGGUUCAAGUCCCGCGCCUGAUUUCAUUCGAAAUUUAAUGCAAGCCGUUGCUGGACGCAUGGUACAAAGUGGCAUGACUAAUACCACAAUUACAACUAGAAAUCCUGUAACGGUUGGUCAACAAAAUGUUACAUCGAUGGAUAGUGGAAAUACAAAUGCAGGGCAGAGCACACAGGCACGAAGCAAUGUUGGUACUCAUCCCACCACAGCAACUCAAACUAGAAGUACAUCGCGUCCACAUGUAUUUCAUCCACAAGCUCACCCUUUGGGCGUGGGAAUGAGUAUAGGACAAGCAUUUGACUUUGAUCCAUUCCUACCGUGUAAUUCGCAUCACGUUCGUCGAACAUCGACCACAAAUUCUAAUACUGUCACAUCUAUGUCGCAGUCAACGCAAACAAGCCAAACAACUACAUCUGAAACUCGACCACAGACACAAACUGCAACAACUUCGAGCGCAACUAGUAAUACUAGUUCUACAAAUACUACAGCGUCUACAACAUCACAAACAAAUGCAGAAAAUCCAUUCAUGGUCUUACCGCCGCAACUAUUAGGAAGUAGAAGCGGACAACCUCAAGCGAGCAUCAGUAUCAACAGUAAUAAUCCUGAUUUAGCUGAAAGUCUUGGAAAUGUAGUACACUUAUUUGGUAGUGGAAACAUUAAUCUUGGUAUUAUGGAGGAUGAUGAUAUUGGAGACUUUAUUAACAUCGCAGAUAUAUUUGGACUUAUGGGCAUUCAGCUUAGCGAUUUUACGUCACAGGGUUCAGAAAGCGAAGGAAAUUUUCUUGUCGAUUUAAUUGUAGUAAUGUUACGAAAUAUAACGUGGGAUCACUUAACAAGAUUACAGAAUGGCCAAUUGGAACCAAUUUCUCUUUUUAGAAGACCGUUACAAGAAUUCCUACAAUAUACUUUUCCAAAUACCACACUAGAAGAACUUCAAGAACAAACUACAGAACGAUUGUUGUCUCAAUUCAGAUCAGAGUUUCAAGACCUAUUUACAUCAGAGGAAGAGAGUAAUGUUAGGAAUGGUUCACGUGUAGAUAUUUGCGCAACUGUAGAAGCAUUAUUCCGUCGUCAUAUCAAGGAUAUGUUGCAAUUUCUAUUCAACAAUGAUAUCGAUAACACUAGAUUUUGUCAAGAAAUUGUCAAUACUUUGAACAAUUUGGGAACACAAUUAUAUGCUGUACUUCGAUAUUCCAUUCGUGAUGGACAAGCGAGAUUAGAGGUUCUAGUGUCCCGUUUUCUGAUUAAAACGUUCAGGGGUACUCAUGCUGCACUACGUCUAUGGCUACGGCAUAGGAUCAUUCUUCAAUCACGUCUUUAUUCUGCACGUAUUACACAACUUCCAGAAUCAGAAAUUCUCCCGCUUUUAGUGUACAAAGAUGCACCUUCUCAGCCAUCAACGGCGCCCUCGGCUCCAACUCACCAACCUACACAAGUACAGUCUGAAGCGGAGCCUAUGGAAACAGAAACAGUAGAGGAAAGGACAACUUUCGAAGCAUCUUUACCAGAUGAUGGAGAGGUAAAUCCAGGAAUAUUUCCAGAUUAUGGAACGGUUCCUUCUGAUUGGGUGCCAAUUAUUGCUCGAGACGGUGUGCGACAGCGGCGUCAGUUACAAAUGCAAGAAAUGACAAAUGGCGGUGUAACAACGUUUAGCGAUGCCUAUUUAGGUACACUGCCUACGAAACGACGUAAACUUAUCGAGCAACAAAAACCACGAUUAUUAGUUAGCCCCACUCCUAAUCAUUCGGCAAUAGCAGCAUCUAUGGAGCGUUUAGUAAGGGAAGGUGUUACUCGAGCGGGUGUUGAAGAAGUUGAAGGCGCUGCAGUUGCCGUGGCUGUAGAUCCUGGUGUUAGGCGCGCAUUUGGUCAAGCAAUUAGAGACUGCUUGAAUCCACGAAGAUACGGAACACCCGAUUUUCCAGAUCCUCUACGUUUUCCCAACGCGACAAAGUAUUUUUCGGAUCAAGAUAGGUCACCGAAAUAAUAACUGCAACAGAAGAAAAAGUUCAUAAUGGCUUAGAGUACCAUCUGUAAAGGAGAAACUAGGUAGCGUAAAAAUUUACAGCGACCAAGGAAUACACAAGAUAUAUUCGUAAAUUGUAAUCAUAAAUAUUACUAAUAAUUGUAACUCCUUACAUCGGUUGAACGAUUUUGAUAAAUCUGGGAUACCUUCAGAUAAUAUCACGUAAAGUAUUGAUUUCUUUAAUUCACAUUUAUAGUCUGUAGUUUCGUGAACGUAUCUUUCUUCAUUUUUUAAUCUAUAAAUAAUGUUAAAUAAUUAACAGUGUACCUUUGUGUUAUUAAAAAUUAUGGUAAAUCAGCUACACUUGCUCUCCCAUUAUGUAUGCACUGAAUAUCAAUUGACGCCCGACAUACUAUUAUAUCAAAAUACUUCUUUCAUUAUUAAAACGCGUUUUCUGUAGAAUUAUCGUUACACAAAUGUUCAUCUAAUGUUCUUAAUCAAACGAUACCUAUGUAGGUAUUAUACAGAUAAUAAUACGUAUUAUCUUACCGUGACCUAUUAUACCGUACCCUAUUUAUGUGUCAUCGAUAUUAAAACAAUCUUUUUCGUAUAGAUAUAAUUCUUUUAAUAACGAUAACACUAUUUAGUAGUCGAUAUAAACUGUACUAAAUUAUAGUCCACUAUUUGAAUUAAAAAGAGAACUGUGGAAUCAUCGAUGGUAUUUAAAAAGCGAUUAGAUACGCUUCAAUAAUACGUCCCACUCUAAUCAUGAAUCAUCUAAGCCUAUAUUUGUAUCGCCGUAAGCUUUGUUAAAUAAUGUGUUAUAAAAACGUUUAUCCAAUCAAUGUAUCUGUAAUUUAUGUAGAUAAUUAAUUUUGAUUGUGUAACUUCAUUGAAUAACUCGGAAGUGGAAUUUUUAUACGGAUUUAAGGUACUGUAUUUUAUGUAUACAACUUUGGUGAACUGUAUUAAGACAUGGUUUUUUAAUCGCGCCAAUUUCUAGUAAGAUUUCAUCGAUUUUAACAUGGAAGGGAAUCAAAAUAGCCUAAUGCGAUGGAUAGGGAAGUACGAUUCCAAAUUGAGUUCGUAUUAAUGUUAAGGAAUAUCGUACAUGAAUAUUAUUUGAUAGAAUCGCAUAUGAUGUUAAUAAAGUAAUUGAAGUAAUUUUA